UACCUUUGAAAACUGGGAUUCCGGGGAAGAAGUGUGGAGUCAUUAUCUUUACCGCGGAGGAGCUCAGUAACUGCAGGGAUAUUGCUACCAUGCAGUUGUGUGCCAACAAGCUGGACAAAAAAGACUUUUUUGGCAAGUCGGACCCCUUCUUGGUUUUCUACCGGAGUAACGAGGACGGAACGUUCACCAUCUGCCACAAGACGGAGGUGAUCAAGAACACACUGAACCCGGUGUGGCAGCCCUUCACCAUCCCGGUUCGAGCUCUCUGCAAUGGCGACUUUGACAGGACUGUAAAGGUAGAUGUCUAUGACUGGGAUCGAGAUGGAAGCCAUGACUUCAUUGGCGAGUUCACCACCAGCUACAGAGAGCUGUCUCGAGGGCAGAACCAGUUCAAUGUCUACGAGGUUUUAAAUCCAAAGAAGAAAGGCAAAAAGAAGAAAUACAUCAAUUCUGGAACUGUAACUCUGCUGUCCUUCAAAGUGGAGUCCGAGUAUACCUUUGUGGAUUUCAUCCGAGGAGGAACACAACUGAACUUCACGGUGGCUAUUGACUUCACAGCGUCGAACGUCUAUGGCAAAGCUAAGGGAGUUAGCGGUGACGCUGAGAAUCCAAACUGUGUGGGCAUAGAGGGAGUUCUGGAGGCGUACUUCCAGAGCCUGAGGACGGUGCAGCUCUAUGGACCCACCAACUUUGCACCUGUCAUCAACAAAGUGGCAAAUGGAGCUGUGGAGGGAGGAGAGAGUGGAGAACACACGCAGUCGGUGUUUCGCAGAGUUUCGGACGACAUGGAGCAGCAAAAGGUGAAGAGGAUACCAUGUCCACGGCCCAUUGAACCAGCAGUCGGUGCCAGCUCCUCUCUGGAUCUCACCUCCAACGGCUCGUCCUCUCGGAGCGUCUCUAAAACGGUCUCAGAGACGUCCAGUUUCUACUCCAACAACAACCUGCAGGAAUAA